GGCUCGGGAUGGAGGCUGAGCAUUUGUUUUGCCUUUGAGUCUUGCCAUUCCUCUGAAGAACAGAAGACACUUAUAAAACUCUACACUUUGCCUUGCACUCUAUAAGCAAAAUGGAUAUACAAAAUCCCCCAACUUCCAAAUGUAUCACAUACUGGAAGAGAAAAGUUAAAUCUGAAUACAUGCGACUUCGGCAGCUUAAACGGCUUCAGGCAAAUAUGGGUGCAAAGGCUCUAUAUGUAGCAAAUUUUGCAAAAGUUCAAGAAAAAACCCAGAUCCUCAAUGAAGAAUGGAAGAAGCUUCGUGUCCAACCUGUUCAGUUGAUGAAGCCCGUGAGUGGGCAUCCUUUUCUCAAAAAGUGUACCAUAGAGAGCAUUUUCCCGGGAUUUGCAAGCCAGCAUAUGUUAAUGAGGUCUCUGAACACAGUUGCAUUGGUUCCCAUCAUGUAUUCCUGGUCCCCUCUUCAGCAGAACUUUAUGGUAGAAGAUGAGACCGUUUUGUGCAAUAUUCCCUACAUGGGCGAUGAGGUGAAGGAAGAAGAUGAGACUUUCAUUGAGGAGCUGAUCAAUAACUACGAUGGCAAAGUCCAUGGUGAAGAAGAGAUGAUUCCUGGCUCUGUGCUGAUUAGUGAUGCUGUUUUCCUGGAGUUGGUAGAUGCUCUGAAUCAAUACUCGGAUGAGGAGGAGGACGGGCACAAUGACAACUCAGAUGGAAAGCAAGAUGACAGCAAAGAAGAUCUGCCAGUAACGAGAAAGCGAAGACAUGCUAUUGAAGGCAACAAAAAGAGUUCCAAGAAGCAGUUUCCAAACGACAUGAUCUUCAGUGCGAUCGCCUCCAUGUUCCCUGAGAACGGCGUCCCGGAUGACAUGAAGGAGAGGUAUCGAGAACUCACAGAGAUGUCAGACCCCAACGCUCUUCCCCCUCAGUGCACCCCCAACAUCGAUGGCCCCAAUGCCAAGUCCGUGCAGCGGGAGCAGUCUCUGCACUCCUUCCACACACUUUUCUGCCGGCGCUGCUUUAAAUACGACUGCUUCCUUCAUCCUUUUCAUGCCACCCCUAAUGUAUAUAAACGCAAGAACAAAGAAAUCAAGAUUGAGCCAGAGCCAUGUGGCACAGACUGCUUCCUUUUGCUGGAAGGAGCAAAGGAGUACGCCAUGCUCCACAACCCUCGCUCCAAGUGCUCAGGGCGUCGCCGGCGAAGGCACCACGUGGUCAGCGCUUCCUGCUCCAACACUUCAGCCUCUGCUGUGGCUGAGACUAAAGAAGGGGACAGUGACAGGGACACUGGCAAUGACUGGGCCUCCAGUUCUUCAGAGGCUAAUUCUCGCUGUCAGACCCCCACAAAGCAGAAGGCUAGUCCAGCCCCACCUCAGCUCUGCGUAGUGGAAGCGCCCUCAGAGCCCGUGGAGUGGACCGGGGCUGAAGAAUCUCUUUUUCGAGUCUUCCAUGGCACCUACUUCAACAACUUCUGUUCGAUAGCUAGGCUUCUGGGGACUAAGACAUGCAAGCAGGUCUUCCAGUUCGCAGUGAAAGAAUCACUUAUCCUGAAGCUGCCAACAGAUGAGCUCAUGAACCCCUCGCAGAAGAAGAAGAGAAAGCACAGGAUCUGGCAUUGCCGUGAGCUGUGCUUGUCCUGUGUCUUCUUUCCUUUCCCAGAUAACUCCUCCACCCAAGUGUACAACUACCAACCGUGCGACCACCCGGACCGCCCCUGUGACAGCACCUGUCCCUGCAUCAUGACUCAGAAUUUCUGUGAGAAGUUCUGCCAGUGCAACCCUGACUGUCAGAAUCGCUUUCCUGGCUGUCGCUGUAAGACCCAGUGCAAUACCAAGCAGUGCCCAUGCUACCUGGCGGUGCGAGAGUGUGACCCCGACCUGUGUCUCACCUGUGGUGCCUCAGAGCACUGGGACUGCAAGGUGGUUUCCUGUAAGAACUGCAGCAUCCAGCGCGGCCUCAAGAAGCACCUGCUGCUGGCCCCCUCAGAUGUGGCCGGAUGGGGCACCUUCAUCAAGGAGUCUGUGCAGAAGAAUGAAUUCAUUUCUGAAUACUGUGGUGAGCUCAUCUCUCAGGAUGAGGCUGAUCGACGAGGGAAGGUCUAUGACAAGUACAUGUCCAGCUUCCUCUUCAACCUCAACAAUGAUUUUGUGGUGGAUGCUACCCGGAAAGGAAACAAAAUUCGAUUUGCAAACCACUCAGUGAACCCCAACUGUUAUGCCAAAGUGGUCAUGGUGAAUGGGGAUCAUCGGAUUGGGAUCUUUGCCAAGAGGGCAAUUCAAGCUGGCGAAGAGCUCUUCUUUGAUUACAGGUACAGCCAAGCUGAUGCCCUCAAGUACGUGGGGAUCGAGAGGGAGACCGAUGUCCUUUAGGCCGCCUGGGCCCCACACCAGCGCUUAUGGUAGCGGCACUGUCCUGCUUUCAUGCACACACCACUGCUGCUCGGAGUUUCCUGCACUGUGUGUCUCCCACACCGAGAAACCCCCACCUGCCCCAUCUAGUGAGGCCUCUGCUGUGUCCAGUGGGGACAGAACUAUUUCAGUGAGAGGGGAGACGGAGGCAGCUAGGGCUUGGGCUCCCGGGAGAGAGAGUCGCACAAGUGGGAGACUGCAUCUCAGGCCUCGGAGGAGGAGCGCACAGGCUGGGGGCGGGUAGCUUAGGCUUAAGUUCUUAUCAGCUGCCCAGGCCACGGGCCUCAGGAAUCAACUUGGACAGCU